UGCUCAUUAGCCCUUUAAAAUUGUAAACUAAAAACUGGUUUACAGCCAUUUCAAACACCCCUCAUUAAACUGCACUCCCUUCUUGAGAUUUGAAUGCAUAUCUUUGAAAAAAAACUCGAACAGGACAUUUUUGAAAUAAACUGUUCAAAAUAAUGAGCUGCAGUCUACCACGUGAAACUCGAGGUGAAGGUCUCGGUCAAGGUCUCUUAUCCAAGGUCGUUUUGAUUUGUCGGAAGGUGCCGGGUUGAAUCUUCAAGAUAAAGAGGUUUAUUUCUAAUCUAGCUAAAAUGCCAAUCAAGUCCAUCAAAGCUCGUCAAAUUUUUGACAGUAGAGGUAAUCCAACAGUAGAAGUUGAUCUCUAUACAGAGAAUGGACUAUUCCGAGCUGCAGUACCUAGUGGAGCAUCAACUGGUAUUUAUGAAGCUAUAGAAUUAAGAGAUAAAGACCCUAAAGCUUAUCAUGGUAAAGGUGUUAGCAAAGCUGUUGAUAAUGUCAACUCCAGAAUUGCACCUUUAUUAUUAGAGAAGCAACCCGACAUCACCAACCAAACAGCUGUAGAUCAAAUGAUGAUUGAUUUAGAUGGAUCUGACAACAAGGGAACUCUAGGAGCCAAUGCUGUUCUAGGUGUUUCUUUGGCUAUAUGUAAAGCAGCUGCCAAACAAAAGGGAGUUCCUUUAUAUAAACAUAUUGCUGACCUAGCUGGUAACCCUAAAGUCAUUUUACCUGUACCUUCUUUUAAUGUCAUCAAUGGUGGAAGCCAUGCUGGUAAUAAAUUGGCUAUGCAAGAAUUUAUGAUUCUUCCACUUGGUGCCAAGUCAUUCACUGAAGCUAUGAGAAUGGGAACAGAAACAUACCACCAUCUUAAAGCUGUUAUCAAGAAGAAAUAUGGACAAGAUGCUUGUAAUGUUGGUGAUGAAGGAGGUUUUGCACCAAGCAUUGAAGAUAACAGAGAAGGUUUAGAAUUGAUCAAGAUAGCUAUAGAGAAAGCUGGCUAUACUGGUAAAAUUAAAAUUGGUAUGGAUACAGCCGCCUCUGAAUUCUGUAAAGAUAAAUUAUAUGAUUUAGACUUCAAAAAUCCUGCAUCUGAUAAAGCAUCAUGGCUUUCUCCAGACCAACUUGCUGAUUUAUACCGUACAUUCAUCAAAGAAUAUCCUAUCGUAUCUAUUGAAGAUCCCUUUGACCAAGAUGACUGGGAGGGUUAUACUAAAUUUACAGCUUCUACUGAUAUCCAAAUUAUGGGUGAUGAUUUAUUGGUUACCAACCCAACCCGUGUACAGAAAGGUAUUGACCUGAAAGCUUGUAACAGUUUAUUAUUAAAAGUCAAUCAAAUUGGUACUGUGACAGAAGCUAUCAAAGCAUGUAAAAUGGCACAAGGAGCUGGCUGGUCAGUAAUGGUGUCACAUCGUAGUGGUGAAACAGAAGAUUCCUUUAUAGCUGAUCUUGUUGUUGGUUUGUGUACAGGACAGAUUAAAACAGGAGCACCAUGUCGAUCAGAAAGAUUAGCCAAAUACAACCAGCUAUUACGUAUUGAAGAAGAACUAGGUGCAGAUGCUGUCUAUGCUGGAGAAAAAUUCCGAAACCCACUGGCUUAAAUUAUUGCUGCAGUUUAUUUAGUUGUUGUGGUCAGAUUUUGAACAAAUUAAUGGCUUAAUCUUAGUUGGUAUCUUACUAAAACUAUUUAGGUAUUUUUUUUGUGAUAGAGCAGUUAAAUAUUUAUGUGUCAAAUCAAUUAUAGAAGUUAAAACUGUUUUAAAUAUUUGGGUUCAAAAUAUCUAAGAAAAAAAUUCCUUUUUUGGGACUCCGGCAUUAAUAAUAUUCAGUUAUUGUUUACUAGUCUUAGUAUGAAAUAGAAUUCUAGAAGUGAUUUUAAGUUCAUUACCACUAGAAUAUAAACUGUUUAGUUACUUGAUAUAAUUUAUAAGUAACCGUGUUAGAUGUCAACACUUUGUUAUAUACAGUAGCUUUUGUGCAUGGAAACUUUUCAAAUCUACAUCUACCUUCACUUUGAGUUUUUAAGCCUUAAAUAUCAGGCAAAUUAGAGAGACUACUGAUAGUACUGCAAUUUUGUAGUUGGAGAAACUGAAGUAAUUAAUGAGUUCAAAUGACAUGUCAUUGAGACUAUUCUCCCAAUAAUUUUGAUUUGUUUUUUUAAUUUGUGUUAAAGAUCCAGUCUGUAUUCUUUUUGUGUGCAUUCAAUUAAAAAUUCUAAUAUUUAUGGAAAUUACGAUAGUUAUAAAAAUAAAAUAAAACAAAUAUCAUGUUGUACCUUAUCAUUCAUUGGUAUGAUUUGAUUGAACUCAUUUUAUGACAUUUUGAUGUUUGGAUUUGAAAAUAAUAUUGAAUUGAUCAUGCAAAAUGAAAAUAUGAUAAAAAUGUAAUUAUUGUAUAUGUGCCAUUGCUUAUUUGUUAUAAUCUCCUGUUAAUCUAUCUUGUUGCUUUUGCUGUUAUAAUUUGUUAUCGUAUGGUUCGGGUACCUUCCUUAAGUUCACCCUUAACUGGCAUCAUAUAGUGCUAAUAUAUAUAAUGAUGUUCCAUUGCCCUAUAUCCUUGUUUAUGGUUUGAAUUUGCUAGUUCCAUGCACUGUUUAUGUUUGUCACUCUCCUAUAGGUUGAAUAAAAUUUGUAUUCAAUAUUAA